CACAUGCCUGAUCUUCUCAAUCUUCGCAAAUAAGGGUCUGAGAGGUUGAAAGACUCUAAACCGUAUAUUGCGCCAUGAGUGAAUUCCCACACGUCCCCAACUGGGUGAACGGUGCCCCCUCACAUGCCAAUACAGCGGAUCGUAUUUUCGUUAUCAACCCUGCAGGCGAAUCGCCCAUCGCUACUAUUGACGCUACCAGCCGGGAAGACGUCAACGAUAUCGUCUCGAAAUCACUUCAAAACUUUGAAAAUGGUGCUUGGUCUCGCGCGGACGUAUCACAGCGAUUUUCUGUUCUUGCCAAAGCCUCCGAGCUACUGCGAACCCGCAUCCCAGAGUUCGUUGAACUCGAAGUUCAGCAGACUGGAAGACCGAUUCGGGAAAUGAGAGCCCAAUUAGCGCGAGUUCCGGAAUGGUUGGAGUACUUUGCUGGUCUGGCACGUGUUCAUGAGGGCGCUGUAACACCCUUCAAGGGUCCAGUGGUAAACACACUUGUGCGUCUCCCGUUGGGUGUAGUUGCCCAGAUCACUCCCUGGAACCACCCGCUUCUCAUUAGCACGAAGAAGAUCGGUGCAGCUCUGGCAGCUGGGAAUGUUGUCAUUGUGAAACCGUCGGAGCUGGCCCCUUUGUCGAUUUUGAAGUUGGGUGCUUUAUUCAAAGAGGCCGGGUUGCCCGAUGGAACUCUGCAAAUCGUUUCUGGUUACGGCCGGGAUACGGGCAAGUUUCUGUGUGAGAAUCCUCACUUGGCCAAGAUCGAUUUGACUGGCGGGCUUGAAACAUACAAGGCCAUUGCCCCCUCUGCCGGCAUCAACAUGAUUCCCAUAACAGCUGAACUAGGAGGAAAAGCGCCAGUGUGUAUCUUUCCCAGCAUGGAUGUUGAGCAUGCCGUCAAGGCGGCUUUAUUUGCUAGUUUCAUUGCAAGUGGACAGACUUGCGUGACAGGGAGUCGGCUCCUUGUUCACACUGAUAUCUACGAGGAAUUCGUCGAGUUGUUGACGAAAAGAACGAGCUCCCUACGUGUGGGUGAUCCCACCAACCCACAGACGCAAAUUGGUGCCGUAAUAAACAAAACUGCGGUUGAAAGAUGUCAUACAUUUGUGACGCGAGCUAUAGAAGAAGGAGGGAAACUUCUUUGUGGUGGCAAGCCAUUCGAAACCAGCAAUCAAAAGGGUUUUUUCUUCCAGCCAACGCUUAUCGAAACAAACGCCACGUCCAAUUUAUCCUGCAAUGAGGUAUUUGGUCCUGUAAUUGCAGUGUUGAGAUGCCAAUCCGAAGAUGAAAUCAUCAAUAUUGCUAAUGGAACAGACUUUGCCCUGGGGGCUUCUGUGUGGUCUCGUGAUUUUGAGCAAGCCCAUCGUGUCGCAGGGAAAAUUGAGGCCGGAAUUGUGUGGGUGAAUGGUCAUCACUUGAAUGAUCCUUCGUCACCAUGGGGAGGGUUCAAGACGAGUGGGUUAGGAAAAGAGAAUGGUCGGGAGGCGUACGAGAGCUAUACGAAAGUAAAGAGUACGGUGUUUAACUACGGGAUUAUGCCUACAUGGUUUGAUGACGAGGUGGAAAAUGCUCG